ACAUGCCAUCACUACUACCACUGCGCCGCGUAUAAAGCGUACAUAUAUAUAGCUGUAUAUAUAUAUAUAUAUAUAUGCGUGCGAGUGAGUGCGCGAAGCUGAGCAGCAGUUCGCUCUUCUGCCCAGCAGUAGAUAGUCUCGGCUGCAAGCCCGAGAGCAAGAUCGUGUAUAUACUCGAUUGCGCGAACGGUCGUGCUGGUUAACAGUCUACUCAGUAGUGCGUCACGACAGUCCGGAGAGCAUCGUCCGCGAGCGCAGUCGUCCCCGGGCUCUGACACUGUGCCGUAUACACAUACAAAAUAAGUACAGUGUCUAAAAAAACAUGAGACGAGCUGGCGCUCGCCAUUACUACUCGCAGCUGAUGGCGGUUGUCGUGCGCCGUUAAAAAGCGGACAAGCAGCAGCAGCAGCGGCGGUGGCGGCGGCUCGACGACGGACACGGGAGCUAAGUAAUCGACUGCUUCGCGGAGCUUUUUCAACGUUGAGGCGAGAAAAAACACGGUAGAGCCGAGAGCAGCAGCGAGUGAGAAAGGGAAAAAAGGUGCAGGAGAGCGGCCGACGACGACGAGUCGUGUAUAUAGCAGCACGCGCGCUCCCUCUGGCAGCGUGCAGCGCACUCUUUUCGACUCUCUCGCGGCUCGCGAGCAGCACACACACGCAGCGCAGCCGAUAUCUACCUACGUGCUCUGCUGUGCAGGGCCGAAUCAUCGCGGGCCGAGGAAGAAGAAAAAAUAUAUAAGCAGGCGGCCAGUCGAGGGAGAGAAAGAAAAAGGACACGUGCGCGCGGAACUUGGAAAUCGUAGAAGGACGCGCAGCCCUCGUCGACGAGUAUAGUCGUGGGAGGAGGAGGAGGAGGAGGAGGAGGAAGUGAUCGCCGCCCGGCCCGAGUCUCUCGCUGCGUGUGUGUGUGCAGUGCGCGCGUGUGUAAGCAGCGUCGCCCUGCUCCGAAAGAGAGCCAAGGGGGCUCCGAAAAGUAAAAAAAGAGAGAAGAGAGCGCCGCGCCAGCAGCGAAGAUAUACGCGCACGCACACAAAGCUUCCGCCGAGAAAGAGAGAGAGAGAGAGAGAGAGAGAGCGCGCGAGCGUAUUGCUGAGAAUCACGCCGGGGACCGCCCGUGUGUUGCGUGUACGCGCGCGCACUCGGCAGCACAGGGGGAGAGAGAGAGAGAGAGAGAACUGCUCGCCAGCGGAGGCCGAACGACCGGAGAAGCAUCGCGUGGCUCGCGCGCAAGCGAGAAAGAGAGAGAGAGAGAAAGAGAGUCUACUCCUGGGCUGCGAUCUCCGCAGCUUCGUCUCUUCUCUCCGCGUCAGCACCGCCGCGUGUGGGACUGCUUGCUGCACGACCCGGUGAGUGAGCGAGUGAGAGAGAGAGAGAGAGAGAGAGAGAGAGAGAAAGAGAGUGAGAGAGAGAGAACAGCGUAAGAGACCUCGAGACUCCAGAACGACGCGGCCGAGUCCUCGACGCCAGUCGCGACAACGCCUCUUUUUUCCCAGCUUUUUGUAACGCUUAUUCCGCCGUGCCCGUCUCGUCUCGUUUGCGGGCCGAAGGAGAGAGAGAGAGAGAGAGUGCGGUCGAAGCAGAUCUUUUCUAUAAGCGUACAUUGCACGCAGAGCCGCGAGAGUAUGUAAACGUAGAGUAGAGCCGCAGCAGCAGCAGCAGAGAGGUUAAAACUCUCUCUCUCAGUCUCAGUGUUGCCAAGAGUCUUUAGUAGUGUAUCGUUGUUAGGGGCUUAACAAGUGUCCGUUGUAUGUUGUACAAGUGCUUCUGGUUUUCUUUUCAUACCUGUGAGUGUACAGUGUCAAGUUCUGCGGCUUGCUAAGCAAACCCCAGACAGUAGUCGGAGUCACCAUCUACUCCAGGGAUGGACCCAGUCGUCUUUAGCUAACACAGCCCAAAAGUAGGAGAGGCACCCGAGCACAGUGUCGUACAAAAAGGCUACCCAUCCAGUGCCCACAGUGCCUCUGUUCGAGAGUCCACCAUGUCAUCGACGACGUUUGUGGAUCGGAUAGAUCCUUUUGCCAAGCGUUCCCUCAAGAAGAAGUCCAAAAAGUCACAGGGCUCAUCUCGCUACCGCAACUCGCAGGACGUCGAGCUGCAGCAACUUCCCCAGCUUAAAGGUGGUACUCGAUAAUUAGCCCAAUUUCGGUGUUGGUCAUCCGAGAGAGAGAGAGCGGGCGUCCGGUGUCCAAGGAUAAAGAAGCGAAAACGCAAGAGAAAGAAUUGAGAGCGAGAGAAAAAGGGAGAGAUAGAGAGGCCCCCCGUGUCUUGUCUCUCUCGUUCCGAGCGAUCUCGUGCAGCCGCGUACGCGCGCGCUUCACUCCGAGAUAGAGAGAAAGAGCGAGGGAUAGAGAUAAACAGAGACAGACUGCCAACGCGACACACAAGCAGCCUAGGGAGCUAAAAGGGCAGCCUCUUCCUCGAGCCGCCUACUUCAAAGCUCGCCUCGUGUCGUCUUCGUCGUCGUCUACCUUCUUCCCGGUCUUCGUCGUCGUCGUCCUCGGCUUCGUCCUCGUCUCUCUCGAAUCGCUACCUACCGAGAGUUACCCAGAGCGGUACAUGAACAGGCAAAUAUAUGAUCGAGCCAAAGAUGAUGGAUGUCCCGCCCUCGGAGCAGGAGGAGCUGUUCAUCCGGAAGCUGCGACAAUGCUGCGUGGCUUUCGAUUUCCUCGAUCCGGUCGCGGAUCUCAAAGGCAAGGAAAUGAAGCGCAGCACCCUCAAUGAGCUCGUCGAGUACAUUACCACGGGCCGAGGGGUCCUUACCGAACCGGUCUACCCCGAAAUCAUCAAGAUGAUUUCGGCGAACUUAUUUCGCACGUUGCCACCUAGUGAAAAUCCAGACUUCGAUCCCGAGGAGGACGAUCCGACCCUGGAGGCGAGCUGGCCCCACCUCCAGCUGGUUUACGAGUUCUUUCUUCGUUUUCUCGAGUCCUCGGACUUCCAGCAGAAUAUCGGCAAACGGGUUAUCGACCAAAAAUUUGUUUUACAGUUGUUGGACUUAUUCGACUCAGAGGAUCCUAGGGAGAGAGACUUUUUAAAAACUGUCUUACAUCGUAUCUACGGGAAGUUCCUUGGCCUUCGAGCCUUUAUACGCAAACAAAUCAACAACAUCUUCCUCAGGUUUGUGUACGAGACGGAACACUUUAACGGGGUCGGAGAACUUCUGGAAAUUUUGGGCAGCAUUAUUAAUGGCUUUGCCCUACCCCUUAAAGUUGAACACAAGCAGUUUUUGGUCAAGGUGCUGCUACCACUGCAUAAAGUUAAGUGCUUGUCGUUGUAUCACGCGCAAUUAGCUUAUUGUGUGGUACAAUUCCUUGAGAAAGAUGCUACUCUGACGGAACCUGUCGUACGGGGACUCCUGAAGUUCUGGCCUAAGACAUGCAGCCAGAAAGAAGUCAUGUUCCUGGGUGAAGUUGAAGAGAUUUUGGAUGUCGUAGACCCUAGCCAAUUUGUUAAAAUCCAAGAACCUUUAUUCAGGCAAAUCGCGCGAUGCGUUUCGUCUCCGCACUUCCAGGUCGCUGAGAGAGCACUAUACCUCUGGAAUAACGAGUACAUAAUGUCACUAAUCGAGGAGAAUAAUCAUAUAAUAAUGGGAAUAAUGUUUCCGGCACUGUAUAGAAUAAGCAAGGAGCAUUGGAAUCAGACGAUUGUGGCGCUUGUUUACAACGUUCUCAAAACAUUUAUGGAAAUGAACAGCAAGCUCUUUGAUGAACUUACUGCCAGUUAUAAGUCUGAAAGGCAAAAAGAAAAGAAGAGAGAAAAGGAGAGGGAGGAACUGUGGAAGAGACUGAACGAACUGGAGAUGGAACGGCGCCAAGCUCUUAUAGCACCGCCAACAAACACUCCAGUUCCUGCCUCUACUGCACCUGCGACGCGUGCCCGCCCCUGAGCUGGUGGAAACUCACUACCACGCUGCCCAACUGUUAGUCCUUAGUUUACGUCGGUUGUCCAUACACUAAAAGCAAAGAAAAAAAGCAAAAGAAAUUAUCGUUGUUAGUGGAAACAAAAAAAAAAUGUCUAAUGGUGGCAAUUCUUGACGUAUAACAUAACUCUUUUGUUAACUGCGCCUGAAAGGCGACCAGUCAAGAGAAGGACGAAGAAAAACAAGCGUGCAGAGAUACAAAGAGGAGCAGAUUAUAUAUUCGGGUUUCAUUCUUAAAAACGCCAUAAUGAUCGAUGAUUUCUAAUGGUUUUAUUGUGUAUAUUAAUUUUUAUUCUUUUGUCAGCAAUGAUUUAAGUUGUAUGGUGUACUCAGUGUCAGCACAUAAUACAAGAAUGUUAGUCCCUUCUUUAAUUAUGGUUAGCUGUGCUUGUUCGGAGGAGACGAUCGAGGAAAUAUAAUAAAAAUAGGCUCGACCAGAGAUAUAUAUACACAUGUAACUUGUCAUUACAUGAUAUUCUCUAUUAUUUUCGACUAUACAAAGCUGUUUACAGUGCUUUGCUACCUUAAGGAGCACUGUAUGGCCAUCGGAGACACGUGUAAAUCUCUGACUCGACUCGCCCAUUUUUGCAGCGAUCCUCGCCUCCGACCCUAGCCGGCAGGGGCGUUGUUUGAAAUGUAUCAUAUAUUCGUAUUAAUGAUAACGAUAAUUGAUAACUAUAACAAAACAUAAUAAAUUAGGUAAAUAUAUACAUAAUACAAUAUAUUAUUAAGUAUAGUAAUAUCGAUGAAUACAGAAGAACCUCACGUAUACACCGAGACAACAUAAGCACACAUUUACACAAUCGAUACACUCGAAACUGUGGUGACACACAUUAGUGACAUAAUGAUGAAGAUGAUGAAGAUGAUUAAAAAAAAAUGAUACCUAUGUGCUACCGAUACUAACAAUGCGCUGACUGCAUGCCCGCAAAUCGAAGAGCAUACUUUUUUCAAGAAUGAAGAAUCGUAGGAAUAUGCGAGUGCAUAAAUAACAUUAAUGAAUAAGAUUGAAUCCAUUGAAAAGAU